UUCGCAGCAGAGCCACACAGCCAGAGAUAGAGAGAGAGAGAGAGAGAGAGAGAGCGAAAGAUGCAGCGGAGAAGCAGAAUCCAAAACAGAAUCAGAACAAAACGAAGCUCCAAAAGCCAAUGCACAAGAAUGCGAGACGAGCGCGGGGCGAGAGAUCGAUCCCCAAGUGGAGUUGCAGUCAAAGCCAGCCAGCAGCCAGUCGGAUAUGAUACUCUCCCCAAUCCCCAGCCCCAAUCGACAGCAGAAACAGGAGAGAAAACAGCAGAAGAAACAAGCUUGAUUCCGACAAGGUGGGGUCUGUCUCGCUCCCUCCCGAGCCACUCGGUAUGGCAUGUCGCUCUGUAGCUCUGUUUGCGUAAAAGCACUCCCUGGCAGUGUCUCACCUUGCGUCAAUACACCUUGUGACAGCAGAAAACAGCGUCUUAGGCUCCCCACACACAGCAAUCGACAGCAGCGGUGGCGACACUCUUCACUUGUCUUUCGUUCGUCGUUCGCUGGAGACCGUGUUUUUGGGAGCUUCGCUCUAUUCAGAGGGCAGUUCGCGCGUGUUUGUGCCACCGUAUCCGAGUGUUUUUUUCUGUGUGGACCCCCGAAAUUGGGGAAUAAAUAAUACAAUAGUACAAAAAGAAUGCACAAAAUGCAGUGUCAGAAUCCAGUGCAACAGCUUCGAUCUAUCGAUUUUGGUGCCAGCGUUAAAUGAAAGCUGGCAAAAGUGAAACGCCCACCAGAAAAUUUGCGUGGUGGUAUGCUCUUGAAAGAAUCUAGCCAAACCACUUGGCAAAUUCCACAUACACACACACGUGAUAGAUAGAUAGAGACAGAGACAGAAGGAGAGAGAGAGAGAGAUCUGUCCAUAGAAGCAAAAUUUCACCAAGAAAAGGCCUGCGCCUGCACCUUGGGAUAUUCUUGGCUCUGCUUGGAAGCCCUAGCGUUCCCCGGUGGGAGGGGAUGGUCGUACAUUCCUCAGCCAAACAUCGAUCUUGGAACAGAGCUUACUUCGAUCGUCGAACGCCUUGUGGAUUAUAUUGGCUAUGAAUUUUGAUGGCACGGGGCCAGCAGCAGCAUCAUCGGCAUCGUGCCGUUUGGUGGCACCGAAGUAGCAGGUAGACAGGAGAGCGUCGGAAACCACACCACGGAUGUGGUCCCCAGCCAUGGCCAUGGCCAUGUCACCUGUGCGGGAUGCGGCGGCCCACACGCGCUGCGAUCUCAAUGGGAAUCCAACGAGUGCGGGUGCAACAAAUGCCACAAGUGCCACAAGCUCCACAAGUUCGCCGCGUAAGACAAAAAAGACAAUUAUCAAUUGGCUGGUGAACGGAUCGCGAGCUGCCACCGCCACAGCCACAGCGAGUGCCAGUGUCAGUGCCUCCGAUAGCGACAACAACAAUCGGCAAUCAGUGCGCGAUAACGCCUCGCUAGACGAUUAUCAGAAUCAGAAUCAGAAUCAAAAUCAGAAUCAAAACUGCAAUUGCGAGUCGCGGGCUUUUCGCGACUUCCGAGGUGUCCAAACGCUUCGAUUGCUGUGGAACAGGCGCAUUAAGAGCGCCAGCGAGGAUCACACGGGGGCGCCAUCGUCGCGUGCCUCCUCGCUGGGCACCCUCCGGAAGCUGAACAAAUCCGUCAGUUGUCUGGUAAACGCGUUCAACAAUCCCUCGCCGGAAAAGUCGCUGUCAAAACGCGCCGCCAGUCUGCACAAUCUGCAGGACGCGACCACGCAGCAGCAGCAGUUGCAGCGUGAAAAGGACAACUUCUACAAGUACAAGAACGCGGAGCAGGCGAGGAUGCGUAGCAAUCUGCGACGCAGCAGCGACGAGGCGGUUAUAAACGCCAAGAAAAUUCCGAGUGCAAACGCGACUAAAAACGCCAGUGAGACUUUAGUCGCCAGCAAAUGUGACGACAGCGUUCCGCCGCUUCCACCUGCUGCCACUGAGUGCAAUAUGGAAUCGCCAAGUCCGCGGCGAUUAUCAGAUAACGUUAUCUCCUCCAUGGAGCUGGAGGUUGGGGCGGAGGAGGUGGAGCUGCGGGCGACGCCAGCCCGAUCGCGAGCCCGUGCCCGAGUCCGCGUCAGUCUCAGCGCGGCAAGCGCCCAGAGUGGCGGCAGCAGCGAAUCAGAGCAUACCACUUCCACGCAAACAUCUUCGACUGUGACGUCAUCGGUGACGCGCACGGUGACAAAGCGAAAAUACAGCUUCAAGACGCACGCGGGCAGAUCAUACGUGCAGCACCACACGCCGCGGCGGAUAAACAGCAGCUGCCUCGCAGGGAUGGGGCAGGCAACAGAUGCUCCGCCCAGCAACAACAGCAGCGGCAACAUCAGCAAGAACAGCCUGGUGGCCAAGCUGACGCAACAGUUCAACGAGAUCAUACAGAAGGAUGCCCGCGUCCUAGAGGAGGUGAAGCGGAAGAAGGGCGUCUGGCUGGCACGCGGCAGCCAUGUCUACAAGAUCGUGGAGAAGCAGCCACCCGUGAUGCAGCAGCAGCAGCUGCCCCCAGAGAGUGGCAUCUCCACGGUACAGCGAAAUAUCAAGAAGUUCGAGACGCUGGAGAAGCCAUCGGUGCCGCAGAAGAGCGAGCAGCUGCUGCGACGGCAUCUCGAACUGGUGGCAGCCACAGCCCAGGCCAGGGGCAGCAACUGCCUCACACUAAAGACAAAGCGGAGUCUGAAGGGGAGUCCGGCCGAACUGGAGGUGGUCUGCGAGGAGGCCAAGACGCCCGCGGAGGCGGAGCCAGCCGCAGAGGAGGAAGCUACCAAAGAAGAUCAGCCAACAGCAGGGCAGCAGCAGGACUUGGCGAUGGAUGAUGAUCUGAAGCCCGACCUGGAGAUUGACGAGGAGCGACAGAAGCAGCGCAAGCACAAGUAUGCCUCCAUCUACGAGAAGCUGCGUUUCACCUUCGCCGGCAGAAGCCGGAAGUCGGCCAGUCCUUCGCCCACCAAAAAUGCACCCGAGAUGGUUCCAGAAAUGGUUCCAGAGAUGGAGAUUAAUCAGAAAGAGGAGCUAGAGCCAGAGCCAGAUUCAGAUCCAAAUCCAGGAGGGGAGGAAGCUACCUCUCCCCUGAUAAUGGUCCCGUGCAUUAAGGCCGAUGCCGAUUCCAAGAUCCUCGACGCAUUGGAAGUGCUCGAUCAGAAGCUCAAGGAGAUCAGCGCACAUUCGGAGUCCGGAGAGCUGCUGCUGGGCACCAACGAUGACUUCGAGCAGCGCCUGCUGCCCAACACCUCGUUCGUGUACCAGGCGGCCAACAAGCAGAUCUCCAACAACCAGCUCCUGGUCAAUCAGGCGGUAAACGUGACCCUAGUGAAUGCCAUCGAGGGAGAGCAGAUGAUCAUGGAGCAAAAGCAGUUGAUGAACGCGGAAAGGGAAAAUCAGAAAGAGACAGUGAAGGAGGAGCAAGUGGCGCCCAAGGAAGAAGGCACCCAGACAGACGAACCGAAGCAGGUCCCAGAAGAUGAGGAAUCGGAAUCCAUCUACGAGCCCAUAACACCCUCUGGCAUGUCUGCCAUCGAACCCAAGACUGAAGCACAGGCCUCGGGCCUGUUCAAGAUCGUGGAUAUUCAGAAGUCGGAGAUCAUCGAGGACAUCUACCAGACCGUGGAGGAGGCAUCGGCAACGGCAUCCUGCCCCAGGCCCAACACUUGGCUGGAAGACUACGAGUCCAUUGCGGGUUCCUGCGAAUCGGCUGCGCCCGAUUUCGAUGGUUACGAGUCCUUUGCCCCGCCCCCGCCCAAGCCCGCGGCCAACGCUGAGGAUACACUCCCCAUGGCCACACCAUCUCCUGGAGCGCAUGGCGGCACACUGGGAAGGAAUACCCGCGACGAGCUGCCAGAGUUGCCGAAACCAAAGCGAGUUCUGCCCCAAUCUCCAACGCCCCUUCGUCCGGCGCCCCCGAAACCGAAUCACGCGAGCACCCUGGACCUGGGAAAGGAUGAGGAUGAGGACGAGAACAUCUACGACACCAUCAAGGGCUGCUACGAGUCGAUGCACACCAAAGCCCCCGCCAGCAACAGCAGCGGCAGCGGCAGCGGCGGCACCACGACCACCGACGCCAUCUCCCUGGGAUCCAACUGCUACGAGAGCAUCUCCCACUACCGCAAGGCGAAGACAACGGCGACGGGGCAUGGGCAUGGGCCUGGCGGCACCUGCAUCCAGCUCUCCAGCAGCGGCUCCACCCUGACCAUCUCCUCGGACCACAAAACCAACAGUCUGUACGAAUCCUCCCUGGCCGCCGCCGGCUGUGUGAUCUACGGCAGUGCCAGCGUCGGCUGCCGUUCCUCCCUGGGCAGCGGCGGCAGUGCUUCGAGUGGCGGCGGGGCCAAGCGUUCGGGGGACAAGCGAUCCUCGAUAGCCGGCUCCAGCGACAACAGCGACGCCUGGGUGGACAUAUCCGACGGCGAGGGAGCAUCAGCAUCGCCAGCAGAUCGCCUGGAGGCAAGGCCGCCCACCGAAGCCCAGUUUGUUGUUGUACGGGAACGCUUGAAGCCACAUCGUAUCCGGAGCCCGGACUGGUCGAAGCGCAUUAGAGACAAAAGACUGCAACAAAAGAAGGCGAUAAGCUGCAUAGAGGAUGACUCCGAUCACUAUUACGAGACGCUGCACUCGAGCCAGCUGCAGCGGCAGCCGGAUGGGGCACGCAACGGAUUGCGAGCCUCCCACCGACGCGCCAAAAACCACUCAGUCUCUGCCCAUGCAUUGGGCGAGCAUGUGGCCAUCUCCGACGACUACGACUCCUUUGAGACGGACAGCGAUGAGCACGGCGAGGAGUCGCCAGGUCAGCGUCUGCGAAACCACAAUGACAGCGGCGUGGACAUGAGGAAUCAUCGCCUGCCCAAGCCACCGGCACCGCAGAAUCAAGUGUACGAAUUUGUGCGCAAGUUCAAGGACUUUAUAUCCAACAAAAAGUCACCAAAGGGCAGCCAACAGAAGCUGUACGAGAACACGACAACGGGAACGGCCUUCUAUGUGGAGAGCAGCGGCAAGAAGCAGGAGGAGAUCUACGAGAAUACCGAGUACGCAGCCAAAACGCUAAGCAGCUCGGAGAAGACCCUAAAUGGCAGCGGCGGCGGUGGUGGUGGGUUCCAAAGUCCGGCAGAGCAGCCGGCAGUGCUGCGGGCCAAGCAGAAGAACGGCAAGAGCCUCCGGUCCAGGCUGCGCAAGAGUCUCGUGGGUUCCACCUUUGACAGCAAGCAGCUUUCCGCACUGACAGCCACGCGGAGCACGUUCUACCUCGAGGACCCCGCCGAGGUGGGGCCGGAACCGAAUAGUGCCGGGGAGUUGGACUCGGGCUUCUCCGAGAAGGCCUCUUCCGGUGAUAUUCCAGUGCAGAUGCCCAGCGCCGAUGCACAGAAGUUCUCCACCGUUGCCCGCAAGGCCAAGAAAGAGGCCAAGGCCACGAGGCGUCGAACCACAAUCGGACUGCGGCCCAACGAUCCCCCGCCACCGCCUCCGCCAGCACCCCCGUUCCCUGGCCUCAAAGUGGAUCAUGGACAGGGGGGACAGGGGCAGCAGGGACAGACCACCUCGUGGUAUGCCGAGUGCGGAGUCUUCAAGCAGUCGAGUCAUCUCAAUGGAACCCCAUCGCAGGCCACCGAUGACCUGGCCACGCCCACACCAAGUGCCCACGGGGGAGGAGGCAGCUCCUGGUACGCCGAAUCGGGUCUCUACCAAACGAGCGGCAUCUCUGUGGCCAGCUCCAGCGGCAGCUCGGGCGUCUCCACCGGCAACGAGGCAGGUCUGGGCGAUGACCUCCAAACGGAGCCCCACAGCAUGUUCUCCAACGAGCCACUCUAUCAGAUGUACAGCGCCGCCAAGCUGGAGUCAAUCACUCGCGAUCUGGAGGUGCACGAGAGCUCUGCAGAUGGCUAUGAGGAGAUCGGUAUGCAUGCUCUACGCAGCCCAAAGCCCCAACCGGAGCCCGUCCACGUGGAACAGCUGCCCAAGCAGCGGCCAUCCGCUUUGCAGUUGGUUGGCCCAAAGAACGGACCAUCUCGGACUCUGUGGAGCGAAAUCCCAGAGGUUAGACACUCCGGAAUACUGCCCACACUGAAAAGCCGGGAGCGCAGCCUGCAGGAGGCCAAAUUCGAGAUCAUUACAUCGGAGGCCAGUUACCUCAAGUCUCUGAGUCUCCUGCGGCGCCACUUCAUGAACAACAGCGCCUUUGUGGACAGCUCUGUGCUGAGUUCGCGGGAUCGCAAGGCGCUCUUCUCCUACAUUGUGCCCGUCCACGAGUGCUCCGAGCGGCUGCUGACGGAGCUGGAGUGCUGCUGGCAGGACAACAUCAUGCUGCACGGGCUGAGUCGCUGCAUCUACGAGAUUGCCGAGCGCCACUUCCACGUGUACAUUGCCUUCUGCGAGCAUCAGGGCAGGAUGGACAGGACACUGCGGCGGCUGAAGGAGGCCAAGAACGGCGUCUUCCAGCAGCACCUGGAGAAACUGGAGGCGAGUCCCAGUUGCUGUGGCCUGAAUCUGCUCUCGUUCCUCAUGUUGCCCAUGCAGCGGAUCACCCGCCUGCCGCUGCUCAUCGAUGCGGUGUUCAGCAAGGAAUCGCCCCACAACCAGGAGGAGUACGAGAGCUGGAAGCGCACGCUGGCCCUUGUCCAGAAGGUGGUGGCCCAGUGCAACGAAGCAGCCAAUCGCUGGGAGCAAGCGUACGAGCUCGAACGCAUUUCGAAGCAGUUGGAGUUCCCCUCGAACAUCCGUGCCCUGGCCAUUGUUCCCGUGGGAGUGCCCAAGCAGGGAGCCAAGCCUCGCUUCCUGGUCAAACGGGGGGAGCUCACACAUCUCGUGUGGCGGGGCGACGAUGCCAAGCUGACGUUCGGCAAGCGGUUCACCAAGUCCAGCAUCUAUGCGUUCCUCUUCUCCGAUCUCCUGGUGCUCUGCAAGCGCCGCGGCGAGUCCAGCUUCAGUGUGUUCGACUAUUGUCCCAGGAGCAUGUUGACCAUUGCUUCGGGCGAAACGCUGCCGCAGCUGCCAACCAAAGAUAUCAAGGAUCAGGCCGGAAAAAACCUCAUCCUGAUGACACUCCUUGAGAACUGCGACCGCAAGACAGUGGAGCUAGUGCUCUCCUGCCCCUCGGUGUCGGACCAGCAGCGUUGGCUGCAGGCCAUGCGACCGCCAGAGUCGGAAACGCCAGGCGAAAAGCUGUACGAGUCCUGGGACUGUCCGCAGGUCGUGGCCAAGCACAGCUACGAGUCCGACGAGCCAGAUGUCCUCAAUCUAGAGCUGGGCGACGUUGUCAAUGUAACACGCAAGCUGCCAGAUGGCUGGUACCAGGGCGAGCGCAUUCGCGAUGGCGCUGUUGGCUGGUUCCCAGGCAGCUACACAGACGAGCUGAACUCGGCCCACGUCCGCUCCCGCAACCUGAAGCAGCGUCACCGCCUCCUCACCUUCACGGCCACCUAUCUGGAGGCGCAGAAGGGCAAGUGAAGGGCCACUGUCUACUCCUCUCCUUCGCUAUCGUGGCCAUCUCCCACCGCUUGCCACCCGGCAAGUGGUCGAGUAUUAUUGUAUGCUUGCACGAAGCAAUUCAAUCCAUUGCAAACAUUGUAGUCUGCAACAAACUUAACGUGAAUUACCAUAUAAAUAACCGAUAGGAAAUGUGAUAAUUUAAUUUAGAUCGAGAAAAGCUACUACAGAAAAUUAGAGCUACGCUGCAGAUAUUUCCCCACUAUUCGAUAAGCAAUAGCCUCUAAUUAUAUUUAUGGAUUCCACUGUUUUUUUAUUUUUUUUUUGUUAGUAUCAGCUUAUUAAAUUUAAAGAAGGGUGUACAUGCAUAUGUGUAAACAGAAGCAAAACAAUAAUGAGGAAAAUAAGAUAUGCCUGUACUCCUGCGGGACGAAUAUGUAUGCGUAUUCUCGGUAAAUAAAUAAAAUACGAAACAAAUUGUUGAA